AUGUAUUUACUGAUUUCUGAUAACUUGGCUGAGGUGCCAGAACUGAAGGACAUUUCUUAUGAUGAGAAGAACUCCAAACUGACCUCUUAUCUGAUCAUCGCGCUGGUGUGUGUGUCGACGUUUUUUCUGACCUUCAUCAUCAUCAUCCUCGGUGUGAGGUUUUGUCGCAGGAGAAAGCCCAGACUGUUGUUUGACGGAGCAGUGGCCAUCCCCAGCGCGUAUCUUCCUCCUAAUUACGCAGAUGUUGACGGUACAGGAACUUUACGCAGCGCUUACAAUUAUGACGCCUACCUGACAACAGGGUCUCGAACCAGUGACUUUAAGUUUGUGUCAUCGUACAAUGACAACACACUGCCAGCUGACCAGACUCUGAGGAAAAGUCCAUCAGACUUUGCAGAAGUGUUUGGAGACUGUGACGACUCUCCUGAGGUAGGAACAUGCGCUAUUUAUGCCUGAAAGUGUUUCUGAGAUUUAGCUUUACAUACCCGAUAGUCCACUGGGUGUUUUGGGCUGAUGAAGUAUGUGAUUUUGGUCCUUUUCUGUACAGACUUACAUAUGA